UUAUUAAGUUUGUCAAUUUCAUGCGAGCUACACAAUUUGACAGGCAGAAUGGGUCGCUUAUAUACUGCAUAUCGUAGAUACAGUCUUGUGAUCUUAUCGCGCACUCGAACCUUGCUUUCUUAUACGAAUCUAUUUUUGCAAGUAAGGGUACUGGAAGUCCAUCCCCUGAAGACUAUCUGGUUCCGUAUCACGAAGGAAUUCACCCAGUUUAAAGCAAUAAUAAUGUUUUAUCCAUACAGAUCGAAUAACUCCUGCUAUAUGAAUGUCGGAAAUAUUAGAAUGAUAAAAAACGUUAUCGCAAACGGGCAAUUAUCAACCUUAUUUUUUGACAGUUUUUGACAUAUCCAGCAGCAAACAAAUUAUCCUAGCUCAAGACUGACAGAACUCAGUCAAGGUCAAUACCAGACAAUCGAUAGUCGAAGGUUUUCUUGUUGAGCAUUGGAAAGCGUACUCAGAAUUCGAAGUGAGCCUCAAAGUACGUCAAAUGGUGAGAAAUCAAUUCUGCCGUACGCUCCUGCGGCACAAUGCGACACACAUAUCCCCUCCCAUGAAAUGUAUAAAUAGACGCCCUUGAUUCUUCCUAGAAUAAAGAUAUUAAGAAGAACGGUAUAAUCUAUAUUUUUUUAUAAGAAAAACAGAGUUUGCAUUUCU